AUGGCCUAUGUGGAAUCGCUCCUACACAAAUGCACCUCUCUGUUGCACAUCCAACAACUCCACGCCCACCUCCUAACUACCGGAUUUUUCCAUUUCUACCCUUCCCGCUCAAAGUUUCUCGACUUCUGCGCCACCUCCUCCCUCGGUGGUCUCCCCUACGCUGCCGCCGUCUUCCGCGUCCUCCCCCUGCCUCUGACCAACGACUGGAACGCUAUCAUCCGAGGCCACGCCCAAAGCGACCAUCCUAUCAAUGCCGUCACGUGCUACCUCUCCAUGUUGCGUGCCCCCUGCAAGCCCGAUGCGCUCACCUGUUCCUUCUUCCUCAAGGCCUGCGCCCGCGCAUUGGCGCGAAUUGAAUCUUUUCAAAUGCAUGCGCAGGUUUUGAGGUCUGGGUUUGAUGCAGAUGUUUUGUUACAGACCACACUGCUCGAUGCUCAUGCAAAGUGUGGGGAUUUGGACACUGCCUGCAAGCUGUUCGAUGGGAUGUCAAAGAGGGAUAUUGCUAGUUGGAAUGCUUUGAUUUCUGGGUUGGCCCAGGGAAACCGGCCGUAUGAAGCUCUGAAGCUGUUUAAUAGGAUGAUGGAAGGGUACGAUGAUGGACGGGGCAUAAUGAUGCCAAAUGAGGUCACUGUUCUUGGUGCUCUCUCUGCGUGUUCGCAGCUAGGUGCAAUUAAAGAGGGUGAUAAAGUGUAUGAUUAUAUCAGGAAGAGUUUCUUGGAUGAGAAUGUAAUUGUCUGUAAUGCUGCUAUUGACAUGUAUGCCAAAUGUGGGGUGGUGGAAAAGGCAUAUAGUGUGUUUGAGGGCAUGAGGUGUUCUAGGAGUGUAAUCACAUGGAACACCAUGAUUAUGGGUUUUGCAAUGGAUGGUAAUGGACUGAAAGCACUCGAACUGUUUAAUCGCAUGGCGAGAGGUGGGCUUGGGCCAAUGCCGGAUGGUGUCACUUAUUUAGCAGCAUUAUGUUCAUGUAAUCAUGCAGGGAUGGUCGAUGAAGGGGUCAGGCUUUUCGAAUUGAUGGAGAAACAUGACAUAAGCAGAAAUGUGAAGCAUUACGGAAGUGUUGUGGACUUGUUGGGGAGAGCUGGGAGAUUAGAUGAGGCGUACAAGAUAAUAGAAUCUAUGCCCAUGUCUCCAGAUCCUGUGCUGUGGCAAACUCUGUUAGGGGCCUCUAAGACAUAUGGGAAUGUGGAAAUGGCAGAGCAGGCAUCGAGAAAGCUUGUCGAGAUGGGAUCAAAUACUUGUGGGGAUUUUGUUUUGCUGUCAAAUGUCUAUGCUGCACGUCAGAGGUGGACUGAUGUGGGGCGGGUGAGAGAGGCAAUGAAGACUAAGGAUAUUAAAAAGGUGCCUGGAUUUAGCUAUAUUGAGAUGAACGGUGUAAUAUUCCAGUUUUUCAACGGUGAUAAAAGCCAUCCUAAAUGGAGAGAGAUUUACAGAAAACUAGAAGAGAUUAAUUCUAAGAUUAGAGAGUUUGGAUAUGAGCCUGAGACUAGUUGUGUGUUGCAUGACAUCGGAUAUGAAGAGAAGGAGAAUGCAUUGUCUUAUCAUAGUGAGAAAUUAGCUCUGGCUUUUGGUUUGGUUAGUUCAGAUGACAGGAGCCCCAUAAACAUUAACAAGAAUCUUAGGAUAUGUGGGGAUUGUCAUGUGGUGAUCAAGCUUGUUUCAAAAUUAUACUGUCGGGAGAUUAUUGUCAGGGACCGCACUCGGUUCCACAGGUUCAAGGACGGGUCUUGUUCCUGCAGAGAUUAUUGGUGAGGAUGCAACUUUUGUUUUCAGUUAUCUAACAAUGUAUAUAUUUAUUCUAUUUUAUACUAAUAACAGCAUUUGAAUCA